CCUCCUCUCCAGUUCAGAACAAGAUCUACGUGCAUUUCUCCUAGACAUGUUUUGAGAUCCAGGAGGGGGUGAAAGUAGUUAAUGUGCAACAGGAAUCUGAGUUUCAGACACAAAGCAAGGUUUCCAUUGACCCUGCUGACAUGCUGCAAGCUAAAUAUUAAACAUUUUUUUUUAAUCAAUUGAAGUCCAGCCUGGGAAGAAGAAACAGUUAAAGAAAUGUCUCAAUUAUACUUGCAAUCAGCUAAUCAGACUUUGUGUACGUCUGUGGAUGGUACAGAACUGAAAUCAAGCUCUGAUAAUGAAACCACGAAUGAAAAAUGGAUUGAAGACUCCUUUCCAGGAUUAGAAAUAUUGUGCACAAUUUAUGUUACAUAUGGUGUGAUCAUUUCAGUGGGUCUUCUUGGAAAUGCAAUACUCAUCAAAGUUUUUUUCAAGGUUAAAUCAAUGCAGACGGUUCCCAACAUCUUCAUCACCAGCCUGGCAUUCGGAGACCUGCUGCUUUUGUUAACGUGUGUGCCUAUAGAUGCAACACGUUACAUUGUGGAUACCUGGCUCUUCGGAAGAAUUGGGUGCAAGCUGCUGUCUUUUAUCCAGUUAACAUCAGUUGGAGUAUCAGUGUUUACCCUGACUGUUCUCAGUGCUGACAGGUACAGAGCCAUCGUUAAACCCUUGGAACUGCAGACUUCAGAUGCACUCCUGAAGACCUGCUGUAAAGCAGGCUGCGUUUGGGUUGUCUCCAUGAUAUUUGCUGUCCCAGAGGCUGUUUUUUCAGAUUUGUAUUCUUUCAGCAAUCCUGAGAAAAAUGUAACUUUUGAGGCGUGUGCCCCCUAUCCUGUAUCUGAGAAGAUCCUGCAGGAAGCUCACUCCCUGGUUUGCUUCUUAGUGUUCUAUAUUGUGCCCUUAGCUGUCAUUUCUGUCUACUACUUUCUUAUUGCCAGAACUUUAUAUAAAAGUACAUCCAACAUGCCAGCCGAAGAAUACUCUCAUGCCCAUAAGCAGAUUGAAUCCCGCAAGAGAGUUGCAAAGACAGUGCUGGUGCUUGUGGCUCUGUUCGCAUUCUGCUGGCUGCCCAACCACAUCCUCUAUCUGUAUCGCUCUUUCACAUACCACACUUCUAUCAAUGCUUCCACCUAUCACCUGAUAGCAACUAUUUUUUCCCGCGCCUUGGCCUUCAGCAAUUCCUGCGUCAAUCCUUUUGCUCUUUAUUGGCUGAGUAAAACUUUCCGGCAACAUUUUAAAAAGCAAGUCUCAUGCUGCAAGGCAGCAUUCUGUGCAAAGUCUUCCAGUGCUCCCCAGAGCAGUUCUCCUACCAGAGCCCUGUCAGUCACAGGCAGCAUGCAUGGCUCAGAAGUCAGUGUUACACUGCUAACAGAUUAUAGCAUCACGAAAGAAGAGGAAAGUGUUUAGUCCAUGUGGGAAGAAGAAGGACAGAAACAGAGUCAUUGCUAUCAAGUCACUGCUACUGGUAUCCUGGAAAGAGGUUCUAUGGCUUGCUCUAUCUGUGAAAGCGUGUUCAUCAGGAGUUCCUCAUUUUUCAAAACGUAAAAUAAACAAAUCAAAUUGUGUGGGGCAAGAAGCAGCAACAGCUGAACGGUACAGCAUAAGCUCAAAGGGAUUACUCAUGUUCCCAGGCAUGAAUACAGAUUCCUGGCUGGAAUUCCUGGACAGGGCAGGAGAGGACUUAGCAGAGUUGGUACAAGAAUUGGCUGUAAGGAGAGUUUUGUUCUGGGUGACUUGCUCUUUGAGUCGUGACUGAGAGCUCCCUCUGACAACUAUUUGCACCCACAGCAAGAAAGCAAAGCCACUUGGUCAUAACACGAUCAAGCAGGCACAUUUUUGAUUUAUUUAUUUUCUUGUCCUGAAUGUUAAAAAUGUGUAAACACAAGAGAAAGAAUGCUAAAAUGAAAGAAAGCUAAGGUUUGUAGCGCUGUGAAGUAAAAAAAGAAAAAGUGUUAUGGGCCAGAUCCAUAGUAGCUGUUGCUCUGUCAGUGACUUAGAAUUUCUGGGUAAGAGCUGACUGCUUUGUAGUGAGAUGGAUGUUCCUAAGGAAGUCAAGGGAAUGAGCAGGUGAUCAUUUCUCUGAGAAAGUUAUAAUCACCUUUAACUACGCUUGUAAAGUUCUUUGUGAUAUAUGGGUAAAACAUCUUGAUAGUGCAGAGUUUUUUUAUUGUUACAGUGAUUUAAUAUCAAUAAAUUGGGGUGCAUCUGUAUCAAGAGUUCUAUUUGCGAUUUACAAUGCGCUUUUGAAGUGCUCAAAUAUCCCCUCCUGCCUUGCUUUAUAUCCCAAAGUGGUCUUGAGUGCACAGCCUGGAUUUCUCUAAGAUGGAACUGUGUGUCCAAUCCACUAAACCAGGCUAGAGUGAGUUUGAAGCAAAAAAUGUACAGUGUGAAGAGUUAGACUGACCCUUUACCUGAACAGAUCCACUCAUGCUGUAGUAUAUGUGGUUGUAUCUAAGUGGCCUACACAUACUCAAGCACACUGGGAGAGCUGUAUUUUUUCUACUAUACUAAUUUUCUAUUCUUCAAGUUGCAUCCCUUUUUAACAUUAGGAUAGGCUGUCUUAAUGCCAUAGGCCUUCUAAUCUCAAAUCCACUGAUUUUAUGACUGGGCUUGCAGAGGCAAAUCAGGACAGCUAUAUCCAUGCUCAGCAGCACUGCUGGCAGGGGCUGCCUUCCCAUCAGGAAGUACAGUAGACAAGUCUUCCUACUCCAUGUUACAAAAUAUUUGAGUGACACUUAUUUUUAUGAAUUUUAUCUUCCCUGAACUAAAAUUUUGUUCUGUGGAAGCCGGUAAUUGAAAACACAAUAGAUUUUCCAUUGUUUAAACUAAGGGACUUCUAUUUCAAGAAAGAAUUUGUGCGUUAAAAUAUACAACAGAAGUUGCAACAUAUGAACUAAAAUAAUUCUGUCAGUCACAGAAGCUUCAAUUUUAACUAACCCUUAAAGGCAUAGCCCCCCUUCAACUGCACAGAGCCCCUUAGCAACAUAUGGCUGGAAAUCCAUCCACUCAUGCGUCAUUAACGAAGUUGUUUAUAAGAUGAGAAAAUGUAUUUAAAGACUCUCUCUGUUGCCUGCUCUAAUCAGAAAAAUAAAUCCAAACUAUAAAUCCCAGGGGCAUUGCAAUACAACCUCUAUCAUCAUCGUUAACCAGUUAAUGACGGACCAGGUUAAUCCCAUCAGACUUGGCUUUGUUUGACUAUGGUCCUCAUGUUACAAGCUGCAAGGCUACAAGCACUAGUUUUCAAAUAGACUCCUUCUUUUAUUGUACCAGUUGCACACCAGGAUAGGAUCAUUGAAAUAAAUGGAAAUACAAUAGUACAGAAAUACAAUUUAUGGUGAAGUGGACUUCAGAGACCUUAUUUUACUCUCUUUGUCUCAAUGUAACACAUUGCCUGGAAGAGAGCCAUGUACAAAUAUGAGCAUGUUGCACUGCUAUUUUCUUCUCUCUUUCCUUCAUGAAGCUGCAGGGUGAGACUGAAAUAAAGUAGAUAAGAAGCC